AUGGCGAGAUACACCGACAUCCCGAGAGCCACCACAGAUACAUCGGAACUGGGGAUAUCUAGCCUAGACGGCUUUGUUAUUGCCCCAGUGGUUGGAAGCAAGAGAGAAGCCCUCGACCAAAAACACGCCGAACGACCGACAAAGAAGGCUCGAACAGACUCGUACAGGUCACUCGACACGGUGCUGACCCCACAGGCCACUGUACAGGUUAGAUAUCCGGGCCUCCAUUACAUUCGUCCUCAUGGGCAACCACUGUUGGACGACCAGUAUGCGACACGGCCCUCACAGUCGCGCAUCUCCAAUCUUUGGCCAAACCCCCGGAUCACUCGAUGGAUGGAUGACGUCCUGGAGGAAUGUGCAGAGAGGACUCCAAUCGGCAAACGACAAAGCAGCUGCAGGCUCGGUCCAAUUCGCCCGAGCAAUCUCGAGAUAAUCCUUGCCGGAGACGCAAUGGACAUGGACGAGGGCUGUCAGUUAUCCCGAGCAGCGAGCAAGAACGAGACCCAAGGAAGUGGACAGCUGUCUCAGGCCGUAGACGAGAUGGAUAUUGAUGCGGCGACUAAAGGGCCUCUAUCCUGGGAGGCAAUGGAUGUCGACCAGGGUAGUCAUGCAUCCUCGGACUAUAAAGGGCCCAAGUUCACGUCUUGGAUGAAUGAGAUUGUUGUUAAUACGCCGGACGGAUCAACUGGGAGUGUGCGGCCCAGCUCGGGCCCAAGCACGUGGGAGUGCAUAGGGUUGGAUAUACCAGAGGAUGUCGACAUGACGGAUUGGUGUCAAUCAAGUUGCAGUUGA